CAUGCAGCCAAACCGCCAGCCGCAUGCUCCAAAAGCCCGCGUUAGGGUUUUACUUAUGUCCACUGCCGAGUAGCCACCCUUGUAAUCACCUCUUCGCUCUUCGCGCCUUGAUUCCUCGUUGAUCUCCUUUUAUACGGGGUUUGAUUUCAGGAGCACAGAGAGCGGAUCACAGAGAAGUGGAGAGAAAGGUCUACCGCUACAAGCAGAGAAAUCGCCCCCGAAGAAGAAGACAUGCCCACUCCACAGGAGUUCUUUUCCACCAUUGAUUCAGUUCUUUCCGGUCCCUAUCCCCCGACACCCCAUCAACGGAUACAGCUUUUGCACUCCAUUCGAUCUGCUCUCCCUCUUUUCCAGUCACUCCUAUGCUAUCCGGGUCCUAAGGCUUCUGACAGAUCUCAGGUCCAGUCCAAAGAAGUCAGACUGCCUGACUCACCCAUUAUACCCCUCGAUGACAAUGAUGUCCAUAUUGCUUUGAAAUUAAGCGACGAUUUGAAUCUUAAUGAAAUUGAGUGUAUUCGUCUACUUGUUUUUACCAAUAAAGAGUGGACUCUAUUUGGGCGAGAGCCAUUGGAGAUAUACCGUCUUGCAGCAGGCCUUUGGUACAUGGAAAGAAGGAGUGUUAUAACUUCUUUACACACCCUUUUACGGGCUGUUGUACUGGAUCAUGACCUGGGAGCUGAUCUCUUGGCUGAUAUUCAGAAAUAUCUGGAAGAUCUUUUUGACUCUGGCCUUAGGCAGAGGCUUAUUGCACUCAUAAAGGAACUAAAUCGAGAAGAACCAGCAGGUUUUGGUGGACCUCAUUCUGAACGCUAUGUCAUUGACUUCAGAGGUGCUAUUGUUGAGCGUAAAGCUGCUGUUGCUCAAGAAAGAUUGCUUCUUAGUCACUGUCUUGUCCUUUCUGUACUUGUCUGGAGAAUGAGUCCAAAAGAGGUCAAAGAUGUGUUUUCUGUGCUAAGAGAUUGUGCUGCUGAAGUUGAUGAAAGUGAUAACACUAUAAAACUUCAGAUCACAAUCAGUUUAAUGUUCUCUCUUGUGAUUUCCUUUGUAUCUGAUGCUUUGAGUUCAAGUUUUGUGAAAACAUCUCUGUUGUCCCAUGAUGCCACCUUUAGGACGGAGUUCCAGAAAUUAGUAAUGACACAGGGCAACUAUCCAAAUGUUGAAGGAUUCAUAGAUGUUGUUAGACUUGCAUGGGCAGUGCAUCUUAUAUAUACCCAGGAUCAUGGUGCUGCUAUGGAGAGUACGCUAGCUUCGGAUUCAAGAGAUUUGACACCUGUUCAAGCAUGCCUAGAAACUAUCUGCUCAAGAAAUGUUUUCCAGUUUCUACUUUUUAAAGUUCUCAAAACUCCAUUUUACCAGAAUGAAGAUGAAGAUAUCGUUUAUGUGUAUGAUGGGUACAUGCACAAACUGAUGAUGUGCUUUCUUUCCCACCCAUUUACCAGAGCCAAGGUGAAAGAAAUGAAAGAGAAAGCUAUGAGCGCUCUUGAUCCUUAUAUUCAGCCAAGAUCAGAUGAACCUCUGGAUGGUGCUAACCUGCUUCAUGCUCCUGUGAUUUGUAAGCCAUUUGCUUCAAUUUUGGAAUUGGUCAGUGAAAUUUACAGAAGGCAACCAGAGCUGUUACUUGGAAAUGAUGAUUUAUGGACAUUUGUUAAUUUUGCUGGAGAGGAUCAUACUAACAUACCAACGCUUGUGGCUUUUCUUGGAAUGCUGAAAACUUUGGCUUCUACCCAGGAGGGUGCUUCAAAGGUUUUCGAGUUGCUCCAGGGUAAAAUGUUCCGGAGAGUUGGUUGGGGUACCUUGUUUGAUUGCUUGUCUAUUUAUGAUGAGAGAUUUAGGCAAUCUCUCCAAUCUUCCGGAGCUCCUUUACCUGAUAUUCAGGAGGGUGAUGCACAGGCACUUGUUGCUUAUUUGAACGUUCUGCAAAAGGUAGUAGAAAAUGGAGAUCCCAAUGAAAGGAAGAAGUGGUUUCCAGAUAUUGAACCCUUAUUUAAGCUUCUUAGUUAUGAAAAUGUACCUCCAUAUUUGAAGGGAGCACUCCGUGAUGCUAUUUCGUCUUUCAUUGGAAUUUCUCCAGUUUUGAAAGACACUAUUUGGAGCUAUCUUGAAAAAUAUGAUCUUCCUGUUGUUGUAGGCCCACCUCCUGGGAGUAGUGGGUUUCAGUUCCCAUCACAAGUUUAUGACAUGCAAUUUGAGCUGAAUGAAGUUGAAGCAAGAAGGGAAAGGUAUCCAUCAACAAUUUCUUUCGUCAAUUUGUUAAAUGCAUUAAUUUCACAAGAAAGAGAUGUAAGUGACCGAGGCCGAAGGUUUGUUGGCAUCUUUAGAUUUGUCUAUGAUCAUGUCUUCAGGCCUUUUCCCCAGAGGGCCUAUGCUGAUCCUAAAGAAAAAUGGCAACUGGUUAUUUCUUGCUUGCAACACUUCCACAUGGUUUUGAGUAUGUAUGAUAUCUGCGAUGAAGAUGUGAAUAAUGCUUUCGACUCCCAGCAAUUGAGUGCCACUCUUAACUCCACGCUUGAAGUCCAGCUUCCUGUAUUGGAGUUGUUCAAAGACUUCAUGAGUGGUAAGGUAGUUUUUCGCAAUAUUAUGGGUAUCAUUUUAAUGGGUGUAAACAAUCUCAUCAAUGAUCGGACCAAACAAGUGCAUGGCUAUUUGUUAGAGAAAGCUAUUCAUCUUUCAUUGGAAAUUAUAAUUCUUGUUUUUGAAAGAGAUCUAUUCCUAGCUGAGUAUUGGCGCCCGUUAUAUCAGCCGUUGGAUAUUGUAUUAUCUCAAGAUCAUAAUCAUAUCAUUUCCUUGCUGGAGUAUGUGCGAUAUGAUUUUUUACCUCAAAUUCAACUUUGCUCGAUAAAAAUUGCGAGCAUCCUAAGCUCAAGAAUGGCCGGACUUGUACCAUUGUUGUUGAAAGCAAAUGCAGCAAAAUAUCUAAUUGAGGAUUAUGCUGCUUGUCUGGAGGCACGUUUUGAUGAGUCAGUUGUUGUUGAGAAUACAAAAGAUGACCCUGGUGUUCUUAUAAUGCAGCUUCUAAUUGAUAAUAUUAGACAACCUGCUCCAAGUCUUACACAUUUACUUCUCAAGUUUGAUGUAAAUGGUCCUGUGGAAAAGACCCAGUUACAGCCAAAAUAUCACUUCAGGUUGAAUCUCUCUCACGUUGAAGUGCAUUCUUUGGUUAUUCUUGAUAGUUUGGAGAAGCUUUUGAGGCCAGAAGUGAAUGCUCUGCUAUAUGAAUUUGGUUUUCAGCUCUUUUAUGAAUUAUGUUUGGAUCCUCUCACUUCUGGUUCUGUAGUAGAUUUAUUGAGUAUAAAGAAGUAUCAAUUCUUCUCAAAGCACUUGGAAUCUGUUUGUGCUGCCCCGCUACCAAAAAGGACAAGUAAUCAGGCUCUCCGCAUCAGUACACUCCAUCAGAGGGGAUGGUUGUUAAGGUUGCUAGCUUUGGAAUUGCAUUCAGCUGAUAUGGCUGAAGCCUCCCAUAGAGAGACUUGCAUGACUAUUAUCUCCCAUACUUUUGGUCAAUGUGCUGGCGAGAACUGCACUGAAGCUAAUUCAUCCAAAACUAUUGAGGCGCAUGCUUCUGGUUUUCUUUGUGGAACCGGCAAAAAUAAGGCUUUAGAAUGUCUUGAAAUUAUUCAGUUUAAGCCUCCUGACAUUGCCUUGAGAUAUCCCCAAUUCUUUCUGAAUAUGAAGUACCAUACUCAGGUUGAAGAUAUACUUAGGAAUCCUUCAACAUCUGAGAUGGGUGGUGUCUAUUAUUAUUCAGAGAGAGGUGAUAGAUUAAUUGAUGUUGAAGCGUUUCAUGACAGGCUGUGGCAGAUGCUUAAAGUCUCCUCCCCGCAAGCAAUAUCCCAUCUCAAUGAAGUAGAGAAGGAGGCCUUGAGAGAAGGCAUUCAGCAAUUACUGAGGUGGGCUUGGAAGUACAACAAAAAUCUUGAAGAGCAAGCAGCCCAGCUUCAUAUGUUGACUGGUUGGUCUCACAUAGUUGAGGUGUCCAUAUCCAGAAAAAUGUUAUUUAUGGAAGAUCAUUCCCAAUUAAUAUUUGAGUUGCUUGAUGCUUCAUUGACUGCAUCAGCUUCUCCAGAUUGUUCUUUAAAGAUGGCAUUGAUACUAAGCCAUGUGGCACUUACUUGUAUGGCCAGAUUACGAGAUGAAAGAUUCUUGGGCCCUGGAGGUUCAGAUUCUGAUAUUGUCACAUGCCUUGAUAUUGUUUCCGUAAAGCAACUACCAAAUGGGGCUUGUCACUCUAUACUUUUUAAGCUAAUGAUGGCUAUUCUUAGGAUUGAAUCAUCUGAAGCAUUAAGAAGACGACAGUAUGGAUUACUCCUUAUUUACUUUCAAUACUGCCGUAGUAUUCUUGAUCCAGAAAUCCCAGCUUCAGUAUUGGACUUCUUACUUCGUGAAGAACAAGGGGAUGAUGAGCUAAAUUUGCAAAAGAUUGACAAGGAACAAGCAGACCUAGCAAGAGCGAAUUUUGCCAUACUAAAGAAAGAGGCACAAGCUGUCAUUGAUCUGGUUUCGAAGGAUGCGGUUGAAGGCAGUGAAGUGUGCAAGGCAAUGGCAUUUUAUGUAUUAGAUGUAUUUAUUAGUAUUGAUCAAGAGAGGUUUUUCCUGAACGUUCUUCAGAGCAAAGAAAUUCCAAAGUCAUCUUUACUGGACGUUAGCAACUUUGUUUUUAAGGAUAGUCGACGUUCCUUUGAAUCUUUGCAACGUUUUUGCACCCUUGAGGCACAAAUAGCUUUUCUGUUGAGGAUCAGCCACAAGUACAAUAGGCAUGGUGCUAAAAUUCUGUUAUCCACCGGUGCUUUGGAGCAUCUUGGUUCAUGCAGGGCCAUGAAUUUGCAAAAUAAGGGACUUGCAAAGAAGAAUGGUACCAUAUUAAGAAAAGGUCUCACCGGAGAGGGUGAUAAGCAGCAUCUGCUUGUGACGCUAAUACUGAGAUUGGUUUCUAGUUUGACAUCACUUGUGGAUUCCUCAGAAUUUCUUGAGGUUAAGAAUAAAAUCGUACGGGAGGUUUUGGAUUUUGUCAAGUCCCAACAGUUAGUUUUUGAUCAUAUUCUAAGAGAAGACAUCUCUGUAGCUGAUGAAGGCACUUUGGAACGGAUUAAUCUUGUUGUCUCAAUACUUAGCAGGAUUUGGCCUUAUGAAGAGAAUGAUGAACAUGGUUUCCUCCAAGGGCUUUUCAGCAUGAUGAUUUCUGUUUUUCAACUUGAUAUUGGCUCUACUGAUUUUGGUCGAUUAUCAGAUUCGGUUGUGAACAGAAGGAACUCAGAGCUGAUCAUGUUCAGACUAUGCUUUAGCCUUCUCUCGUAUCUUUAUUUUCUGAUAACUAAGAAGCUCAUCAGGUUGCAGGUCUCAGAUAGCCCUGGUGGUCUUGCUGAAUCGGUAAACCAGCAGCAACCUACAUUACUUGCCUUAGCGCAUCUUCUUGAUUCUUUGACGAUAGCCUUGGUGAGGGCUGCUGAAGAAAAGUUUUUACUGCUCAAUAAGAUUCAGAACAUCAAUGAAUUAUCAAGGCAGGAGGUUGAUGAGAUUAUUAAUGUUUGCAUGAGACAAGAUUAUCUCUCUCCUAGUGAUAAUAUUCGGAAAAGGAGGUACAUUGCGAUGGUAGAAAUGUGUCACAUGGCUGGGAAUAGGGAUCAGCUCAUCAUCCUUCUUCUUCAACUUGCUGAAUGUCUCUUCAGCAUCCUUCUUAUUCAUUUACAAGAUGGUAACUCAGACUUGGGAGAUUUGUCCUUUCUAUGUGAAAAGUUGCACCCAAAUUUGCAAAAACUGGAACUAUUAAGAGAGGAUAAAAUUGGGCACAAUCUAAAGCUUUUUCACAGAACAAUCACCACUCUGAAGGAAUUAUCAGUCAGAAAUCUAGCCUUGUAAGGGAAGAACUCCAUUCUUGAGCAAUCUGUUGCUGCUUUUCAUUUAUUUAUUUAUUUCUUUUUUGAGAACUGUUUUAAAGGCAAAUGAAGCAGCACUGCUAGUUUUCUGCCUUGUUAAUUUAAAUCCCAAUGUAAAAUAAAAUAUGUAUUAGCUCUAAUUGAAAUUUUCAUAAGGUUCCUUUUUUUCUUACGGAAGGAUUGAUUGGGAAGAAAUGAAUUUUGUUAGGGCCUCAUGUCAAAAUGUAUUAGGAGUGUAAAAUGUUUAUUUAAAUUAGUAAGAUUAGGAUUGCA